AUGGUGAAUCAGUGGCGUACUGGUGAAACAGCAGAAGUAGCAACUUGGGCACCUGUUGUGAUCGAUGAGACUACUGGUAUGGGUGAGUGGAGUACAGUAGAAGUACGACACAUUGACGAAAGUGAAGAAGCGGUGGCGAAACGUGCGGAAGAAGCUGAAGCGGAGGCAAUACGUCUUGCUGAGGAGCGGAAGCGUCUUGAUGCCCUGGAUCAUUCUUCUACGCAAGGAGACAACGCUUUGGGUGCGUUUAACCCAUGGGGAGGCAACUAUAAGGAGGAGAUUAAUAUCACUACGAAUGGGAACGUAAGCUUCAAGAAACGCGGCCAGAAAAAGCAGAAACGUCGCAGGAUACACACCGAUGACGAGUAA